AGUGGUGUGUGUGUCUAGCGAGAGCGUGAGCCAGCGAGUGAGAGCAGUGUGUGUGUGUGGACAAAGCGAGCGCAGAGAGAGCCCCUUACACGGAGCAUGCCUCUGCGCCCUGCAGCCGGCAAACAUGAGCCACCCAACUCUCCACAGCAGGACUAGCACACACACACACACUCACACACACCCCCCUACACACACACCAACGGCAGCCAGGGGGCCAGCUCUGACAGCGGCAGCUCACAGGAAGAGGACAGCGGCAUUCCUGUUUCUGUCGGUGUUUUCUCUUUCCGUCCCGCUCGGGAGCGGAGCCCCAGUGCAGGAGGAGGCAUGGAGGAGCCACAGGGCAACACUCUGGUGAUCCGCAUUGGAAUACCAGACCUGGCACAGACGAAAUGUAUGAAGUUCGAUGCGGACGCUCCUAUCUGGUUGUCUAAGCAGCGUAUCCUGUGUACUUUGAAUCACAGCCUGAAGGAUGUGCUGAACUAUGGCCUCUUCCAGCCAGCUUACAAUGGAAAGGCUGGCAAGUUCCUGGACGAGGAGAGGCAACUGAAGGAAUACCCACUGCCUUCUGCUACACCUGUACCAUACCUGGAGUUCCGCUAUAAGAGACGUGUCUACACACAGACGCACCUGGAUGACAAGCAGCUCUCCAAACUACACACCAAGUAAGCAGUACCGGUGCAUCAAGUUUGACAUCAACAGGCUCCUGGACGGCUUGUAUCCCCAAGCCAUAAAACUGCUAAACAGCCAAGAGAAUGGCUACAUCGACUAUCUGAGUUGACCCUGGUAUUUUAUUUUUUAUUUUUGCACUGUCUCUACGCACACUCACAUGACUCUACACACACACACACUGACAGUCCAACACACACAUAACAUGCACACACAUUUAUACCGACUCCACGCAUACACACUCACAUACAAUCAUCACUUACGAUGCUGCUACUCUGUUUAUCAUAUAUCCUGCUGCCUAGUAUUCUUAUUCCUGUACAUAACUACCUAUAUCACUCCAGUAUCCCUGCACAUUGUAAAUAUGGUAUUGGAACUGACCCUGUAUAUAACUUCUUACUUUCUCUUGUUCUUCGUAUUUCUUCUUUUUAUUUCUUGUAUGUUUUUGUUCUACA